AAAACACUGGGCUGUCCAGGAGGGGUGAUUUCCCGUUUAAAUUGACUCCCGCUCCAAGGAACCCCUCGGGGGACGGAGAGAGGCUUCUGACAGUCCCAGGGGCGUGAGGGGCAGGCAGCAGGAGCUCUGGGUGAAGGCAAAACGCCCCAGCUCCUUGUUGAAGAAAGAGGGAGAGCGUUCGGGGGGAAGGUCAGUUCCCAGCAUAGGAAUGUGUGUCCCCUCGCAAUGGGGCGAGACUGCAGGCAGGUUCCCCCAGCGGGCUGGGGCAGCGUGGGCUCCGUGGGCGCAGGAAUGAGGCGUCAGGACAGCACCUUCCGGUGGAGGGCUCGGAGGAGCCGAGCGUCUGCGUGUGGGAUGGAUGGUGGCACUUGCUCUCCCUGAAGGAAUGCAAUUGCGAUGGCUAGGGGAUCUUACCCACGACUAGGGGACCAAAUGGAGCUUUGCCACCGCUGACCUUGCCGCUCCGCAGGAGGGGAGAAAUAUUGUGACUUUUUCCGCCUAGAUCAGGGGUGUCCUUUGCGCGCUGCAGUUUGGCGAGAGCCGUGGCGAUGGGGGGCCCAGGGACAGGCCCAUGAGAACCCGCUCUGGGGACGGAGACGUGGAAACUCACCAUACCUGGCCCCGCGUCUCAUGGCAAGAUGGCGGGGAUUCAGGGGGCCACGGUGCAGAGCAUCCGGCCCUACAAGUCCAGCGAGCAGUAUCUCUACGCCAUGAAGGAGGACCUGGCCGAGUGGCUCAAGGAGCUCUAUGACUGGGACGUCAACGUUGGGUCCCUCCUGGAGGUGCUGGAGACGGGCUCCAUGCUGUGCUACCAUGCCAACAACAUCACCCACGUGGCCAGAGAGUUCUCCCGCGACUAUCCGGGCCUGGCCCACAAGCUCCAGCUGCCCGGAUAUGGGGUGACUUGUAAUGACUCUGCCCAGCCAGGGACCUUCCAGGCCAGGGAUAACGUGUCUAACUUCAUCCAGUGGUGCAGGAAGGAGAUGGAUAUUAAAGAGGUGCUGAUGUUUGAGACGGAGGACCUGGUGCUGAGGAAGAACGAGAAGAACUUUGUGCUGUGCCUGCUGGAGGUGGCCCGCCGGGCCUCUCGCUUCGGGAUGAGUGCUCCCACCCUGAUCCAAAUGGAGGAGGAGAUUGAGGAGGAGAUCCGAGAGGAGAUGGACCUCCCCCCUGAGGAUACCCCACUUCCCAAGCCCCAGAGGAAGCCUUGUGACUUCAAGAAUCUGGACCAGAUGGUCCAGCACCUGGUGAGCCGGUGCACGUGCCCAGUCCAGUUUUCCAUGAUGAAGGUGUCUGAAGGAAAAUACCGCGUGGGCGAUUCCAACACCCUUAUUUUUGUCAGGAUCCUCCGGAAUCAUGUGAUGGUGCGGGUUGGAGGUGGCUGGGACACGCUGGAACAUUAUCUGGAUAAGCAUGAUCCCUGCCGGUGUACCUCGCUGUCUCACAAACAGGCUGUCAAGCUGACAAGCCCUCAAAGGCUGCAGGCAGUACAGGUGCAGCAUGAGAUCAAGGUCUGCCCGACACCCAGGACGGACAACCCAAAGAAGCCCCAGCCCACCCUGAUCGUGAGCAGGUCCCAAAGCCCACUGCCCCCAGUGGAGUGGAGGACCUACACCCCACAGAGCUUCAGCGCCAGCCGGAAGCUUCGUUCAUCUGCAUCGCCAGAGAGCACCAGCAAGAAGGAUUCCCGGCCCAGGCCCCCGCGGGAUCAGUCAGAACCCAGGAGGGUCCCUUCGGCCAGGGCAACAGAGCGGUCUGCUACUCCUUCGCGGAGGCAGCUGUUUGCUGAAGAAAGAUCUGCUACCCACCAGAACUCCUCCACCCAGAGCGGGCGGGAUAAGCUGUGCGUUUCUAUGUCCUCCCUGACAUCGCUGCUGACUGGAAGCGAGGAGGAUGGUUCUGGCGCCUCGGAAGCUCUCCCAGAGCCCCAGAGAGGGCGACAGACUAGUAGAAUCUCUGGGAUGAAUCAGAAGGACCCAGCUAGGUUUGUGCAAGCCAGGUGUACAGAGUCCAGGCCACAGAUGACAGUGCCAAAGGACAGGACAGCUCAGCCACCAAGGAGCGCCCAGUAUGGAGUAAAACGCUUUCCACAGGCUCACAAGCCUCAGGAAUCAGGGGUCAAGACCUUUCCUGGGAUGGUCCGUUCCUCCAGCCCAAUGAAACCCCUUCACCUCUCCCCACAACGGGAUUCCAAGGGAGCUGCACAGAGCCACAACGCUGCACGUGGCUGGGGGGAUGCUGGGGUUGGGCGGCCAUCCUCCCCAGUCAAACACAUGGGCCAGACUCCAAAACAGGAAAGUAGCACUAAGAUCCCAGUCAAAGCCGGCCCCGCAUUCAGCAGGCCCCCAACCCCUGUUCAGAGCUACCAGGGGGAGCCCCGCCUCCGAAAUGGGUGGAAAGUCCCUGCCGGUGAAAUGGCAAAAGCCCCAGCUCUCUCAAAGAACAAAGUCGUGUCCAGGGCCGAGGCUGGCUCUCAGGGGCACAGACAGUGCGAUGGGGCAGUCAAGCCAGAGACAUUGACGACCAAUCUUCCCACUAGCCCAAAAGACAGACUUGGCCAGUCAGCUCCAGCAGGGAAGGACAAGGGUCCAAACACCAGACUGGUGCAGGAGGUAGAGCCAGGAAACACUAAAGACAGCAGCAGGAGUGGUGGAGAUCCAUUAGGCUCCACAGAGGAGAGGGAACGGGUGUAUACACCUUUGCCCAUCAACCCGGCCCAGGAGCAGGCGCUGUACAGGAGCCUAGAAGAUGAGAUCUUAUCCAACAUAAAGGUUCUAGAGGCUGAUUCUGACGAAAACCACUGCCCUGAGGGGAACCAGCUGGACGACUUCACUCUGGACUGCAGCACAGCGAGCGUCACCGCCGCCAGUGACAUAAGUGGGCUCAGGUCCUCCACUCCCUCCCUGUCUUCCUUUACAAGUGCCAGGCAGACCUUGCCAUGUGGUGAGGGUGUGCCUCGGAGUGGUGUCUAUGUGCCCAGUGGAGAGGCAAAAUGGCACCCGGCUGGAUUCCGCUAUGGUGAUGUGAUUGACGAACUCUCCCAGGGGCACAAGACGCUCCUCCCAGUGGACGUGGAGAACUGGAUCACCAAGAUCCCACCCAAGGGGGCUGUGAGGGUUUCCUCUCAGCCAAGUUCGCCUCUGGUGAAUGGAAACCAGGUGGAAAAGAAGCUUCUGGAGCCAGAAGGGGCUUUGUUCCAGGAGAACGUGUCCAGUGAAACCAAAGGCAACUGGUCAAGGAGGCAGCCAUCUCACACAAGCCAUGCAGGGUCUGCUGCAGUCAGUAGAAAUAGCAAAGCUCCUCAGGCAGCCUCUGAUGCCCCCAAGGCAUCUAUCAAUUCUCCAGCCUCUGCGGAUGGCCUUGAAAAGUCCAAACUGCCUCAAGGUAAGCCCAAAAGGUCCCUGAAGAAGCCCGAACGGGUGCCAUCCAUCUACAAGUUAAAGCUACGCCCCAAAAUCCGCCCACGCAGGGACAACAGACCUGAGAAACGGCCAUCCAAAAUCCCCACUCCAGUGACCUAUCGACAGGCACAGAAAGUGGCCAGCAUCAAAGCCCAGGAGAAGGCCCACAGCUCAAAGCAUCUGACCCAGCCAACUCAGGACAGCCUGGAUAGCACAAGGCAGAACAGCACAGGAAAUGCUGAGUCUGAGGAAGAGGCUUGGCUUUCGGAACACAGUGACUCCCCACAAGCUGGGAAGAAGACAGUCCUAGCAGAUACCAAAGUGUGGCUCACAGAAGAAGAUGAGGAAUCCUGGGUCUGAUGUCUUGCCUGCUGGCGCCAAUUUUGCCUCCCAGUUGUAAGGGUUUGUAGCUGUACAGGGAGCCACGUUCUCCUCCAACCCCAUUGGAGAAACGGGGUUAGAGAGGAGACUCCGGCCCAACAGAUGCGAAGCCAGUGAACUGAUGAAGUUGAAGUUCUCCCAAGUUCUCAGCCCAGUGGCUCAAAAAAGUGACCUGAUCAUUUGGGCCAAAGAAAUUUGACAUUUAUUUUGAAGGAUGAGAAGGCAGAUUUUCAGAGAGGCCUUGACAUGACCCUCAAAAACUGCAGGUACAAUUUUGUGCUCUCUCCUGGGUUUGAACAUGCACUAACACUUCAAAGUGGAAAAAUGAGCCUGCAAUUUGACAUGAGGCAUCUUUUGAAAACUUGGUCCCAAGUCUGGAACUAAGAACAGAACUUAAAACAAAGGGCAGAAACUGCUAACCCAAGAAAAGCUCUGUUAGUGUGGUACAAUGAAAGCAAAUUUUUUUUUUACCAGCAGAUGGAAAUGUAAAUACUUUUACUGUGCAAGUACUAUCAGCAGGGGGAGAUGCCAGUGAUCAUUUUCUCCUUGCCCCUGAGACCCACUCCAAAUCCAUUGUAAUAUUUUUCUUUGACAGAUGUACUUCCAAAUUCCCCUCUCAGUUGUGGAUUUCCAGGGAUGGUGUACUUGUGCAAUUGGGAGGAGAAUUUGGCCCAUAAACUGCAAAUACAGAGGCCAAUUUAGGCCAUUCAAAGAGGAGAAAGAGCAUGGUCUCGUUGUUAGAGCAGGACUAUUGGGUUCAAAUAAUUAAAAAAAAAACAAAAAAACAAAAACCUCUCUGUGCCUCAGUUUCCCCAUCUGUAAAAUGGGGCCAAUAAUGCUUACCUCUUAAGGUGCCAAGAAUUUUAGUGAAUAUUUGUAAAGCACUUUGAGAUCCUCAGGCGAAAGGCACAAGAGGAAGGCAAAAUAUUAUUAUUAUUGUCCUAGAUCCGUGGGUGAAUCUUGUAUUGAUCCCAGUGGGAAUCCCAAUUGCACUUGUAAGGAAGUAUAGAGCCCUGCUUUUGGAAAGGUUCCCCCAAGAUUGCUCUGCCUUUUAUAUGCAAUGGGCAACAUGCCACCCUCAUUCUGUUCACAAAAUUAUUGUUGAAUUCAAAGAGAGUUUUCUAAAACACUGGAAGUGGCAUAGAUCAUGAAUUGUGUCAAAGUCCCUAAUCAGACCAUUUCCCCCUUUUUCAUGAAGUUACCGAGGCCAAACACUCAGCUGAUGUAAAUUUGAUUUACUUCAGCUCAGGAUCUGGGCCAUAGUUGCCUGCACGUAUUUUAAGCUUGUCAUUAUUAUUGUUAAACCAAUAGCCAUCAAUGCAUUUGAAAUAGGAAAUUACUUGAAAUGACAAGAGCUGAAAGAAAUAUAAUAGAUUCAGAUGGUGGGCUUGUUUUUAACCAACAUGCCGGCGCUAGAGAUGCCCUGUGAUAUCAGGACAGAGCCCUAUAGAGACCACCCAUAGUGUCUUGAUACACAUGAAUGUUCUGUGUAAUGUAUGUGUGAAUUGUCUUUAUUGUUAUAACUCUUGGAAAUAGUAUUUGAGGUGAUUAUUAAUAAUGCUGCUUGUUCCAGU